AUGGCAAAAGAUGCAGUGCUUUGUCUUUGUUGUUAUCUUUUUAAGCCAAAUGUUGGUGAUAAAGGAGGUGGUGAUGACUUUGUUAGUCUAGGACACUCUUCUAAAUCAAGAACUGAGUAUCGAACUUGUUUAAAUGACACAAUUGAAUGUGCUCAUUUUCUUCUAAGGCAAGGAUUGACAUUUUGUGGUUAUGAUGAAUCUGAUAAUUCAAACAACCAAGGGAAUUUUCUCAAGCUUCUACCAUUUUGUGGUCAUGAUGAAUUUGAUAAUUCAAACAACCAAGGGAAUUUUCUUAAGCUUCUACAAUUUCUUGUUGAUCCUAAUGAAUAUGUCUAUGAUGUUGUUUUUGAAAAUGCUCUUGAUAAUCUCAAAUUAACAUCACCUAUGAUUCAAAAUGAUAUUGUAAGUGUUACUUCAAAUGCAACUUUGGCUCUUCUGGCUUUAGCAAAGAGUCAAGAUGAUGUUAAUGGUCUCUUUAAUAUUAUGGCAAUUAUAGUUAAUAUUGUUAGUGCUUCAUCAAAAUAUUGCGAUAUUCUUAGAGAUCAACAAGCUUAUAAAGUUACUGAAACUCUUUCCAAUGGUGAACUUUCAAGGGGAAGAGAUCUAAAUCAAGAGACAAAUUUGAAACGCGUCAAUGAUAUGCAACUUCAAGAGUUGAAUAAUCUUUUCAAUGAGAUAAAUAUGGAAUUGCUUCUUUGUUUGGCAUGCUUGUGUCCAAAUGAAAAUUUUGUUGCUUUUGAUAAACAAAAAUUAAUGCAUCUUGCUGAACUUUAUCCUGAAGAUUUUCCUGACUUAGAACUCAUGGCACUUGGUUCUCAACUUGAUUUGCCAGUGCUAGUAUAA